AUGGUCGAUGAGGACGAGGACGACGCCAAGCUGGCUUCCAGUAAUUCCCGUUCCCUUAACUACCUGAAGCAACAGCUCCGGGUGGCCUGCCUUCGAAACCACCUCUUGGCUCCACCAGAACCACCCAAGACUCUCGCAUGCAACGCCAUCUCUAUUGCCUACUCCUUUGGCGGCUUGAGAAGGCUGCUGCUGAAAAAGUACUUGGCGCCCUUGAAAAAGUACUACAAUCGUCAAGGCAUGUUUAACGCGCGAAGGCGGUGUGCAGUUAAGGGGUAUUCUGAGGAGGUGAAAGCAACAGCAGCUGCAGGGAAUUUAAGUGGCGGCGGCAUAAAUAUAAUAAAACCAGAUGGUUUGUUUCCCCAUCAGAUCAUACACUAUGUGGAAGAUGGAGAUCUCGGCGAAGCGGCUAAGCUUCAGUGGAGGAAGGCCAUGGUGCAAAAGCACAAGGAGGGAGGCAAAAGCAAAGAACAGUCUGUGAGUUUGGGACUUUUGGUGUCUCAACUGAGUAAAGAGCCGGCAUGGAGAGGAAAGCCUCCUCACCUGUAUUCGUUACUUGGCGAUGAUCUUAAGUCCAACUUGUCCUUUUUGAAGAGAAUGGACUUCGGCAUUGUAAUGGAUUUGGAAAAGAUAUUUGAUUUGAUUCUCCAAGUGGCUGUCAAGGAAGAUUUGAAGCCGGAGCAGAUGAUCAAGAAGCUGUUUGUGUUCACGUACUGCAUACCCUCAAGAUUAUAUGAUAGCUGCGCUUGGGAGACUAAGUAUGAGGCCAUAAAGUGA